GAGCACUGCAUCUGUAUGACCACAAAAAAACGUUAAUCACGAAUAUUUCAUUCACAGCACACCAACGUCCAAGCUUAUCGUACCUGACUCGCGAGAAGAGAGCUGCCGAAUGCGUCUAGUGAACGCGGGGUUGACAAACAGAGCCUUGCGUCCAGUGACCGGGUGGGUGCGCACGACCGGGUGCUCAAAUUCCACCGGAGCUCGACGAAUUGUAUGUCCACGUUGCUCUGCUCGCUCGGCUUGAGCCUUGCUGCUGUGAAUCGCUGUCAACCCCUCAAUGAACUUCUUGAAUGGCGGUGAGAGUCGCUCGUAAGCUUCGUAUGCGGAUGCCCACAAGGUGUCACCACCAAGCGGAGGGUUCGUUAACACCUUGAAGCUCGUGUACGACGGAGGCUGACGCUCGUUAGACACGUCACUGUGCCACACAUUAUCCGGGUCGUACUGCUGGCGUUUGAUGAUACGGUCGCUGUCAGCCACCGAGUUCUCGACCACCAGCACUUCCGGGUGUCCUUCAGGGUGACCGAGGUUCUGGUGUACGUGUAGAGGUCCGUAGUAGCGACCGAGAUCAAUCUGCUGCUCGAUAUUAAUCUCCUGGUCUCGAAAGAAGACUACGCCGCGGUGAGAGACCAGCAGGGCAAGCUCAUCGCGCUGCGCGUCCGUGAGCUCAUGCAGUUGAAUACCCGACAGUUCCGUGCCGAUUUUCGGCGCCAAGUGCGUCACUGUGGCAUCCUUGAGUAGGUUCUUGAACGUCGGGUCGGCCUUCAGUCCUCGGUCCUCGUACGGUAGCACCGGAAUGGGGUCGUAUUUGGUCGUGGGGUACACACUGCGCAGUUCAGGGUGCUCAAACUCGAAAUGCUCCACCUCUUCGUUGAGCGCGUUCUUGAUGGGCUUUGGCUUGGUUGCGGGCACCGUUUUCUCCACGGAAGGCGCGGUGGUGGUCGUAGCCACAGUCUGAGAGUCUUGUUGUUGAGGAGCCAUUGUUGUUGUCACGGGGUGAAUUGGAAAGUGAACAGACCGAUGCAGCAUCGACACGGAGAUUCCGUCAUGCUCCACUCAGACCGAUGUGCUCAUUGCAUCGCGGAAAGGGUGAGCCAAGUAGGGUUGCUGAAGGUGGUGGUGACAUUGGCGCUCUUGACACUUUUCAUUGGUUUCUCCUCGACACGUUUGCCAAGGAAUCAUUCCAGUCGACGUGUCGAUACCAUCUGACGAACACGCCAAAACCUAAAUCACAACCAGCAAAUCACCGCUCGCAACGAACCCACGUGCCACUUCAACAUGAACAGGUCGAAUCUCUCGUACGCGCCACCAGUACAGGCUGUACUACAGCGUGGAAACUUGCUUGUAUCCAUAUCGCUGCAAAUGCCACCGUUUGUGCUGUCGAACUCGAUGGAGGAAGGUAAAGUGUAGCGUCGCCGUCUAAUCUAAUUCCAACAGGAUGACAAUAAUACUAUUUUUAAGCGAGCCAAAAAAAAUCAGCGUAGUUGCAGAAGUAAAGCAUAAUGGCGUGGGUGAACCGCACUACGCGUGACAAUUGUCCUGGUGGAUUGCAGACGAAGGCUAGCACGUCGGUGAACCUUGGUCCUGGGUACUACGAAACCUCGAAAUCUCGUCAUGUACGGCCGAAUGCUGCGGGUUUUGGAGUCGGCGAGAAGCUCGAACGUGGUGCCAAUUCUAGUUCGACCCAAGGCUUGACAAUGAUAACCCCAGGACCUGGAGCGUAUACUAAUAACCACCAGACGAGUUGGGAGUCACCUACAAAGAGCAAGGCGUCGGCUACGUCGAUUUUCCAGUCCAAGUCACAGCGACUUGGUGAUGUGAAGCUGCGUCGGGGUUUCAGCACACCAGGACCAGGAACAUACACAAAACAAGACUCGUUCGCACAGAAAUCCAAACCACACACAAACCAAGGGAGUCCUUUAGUGAGAACCCCACCAUCGAACAACAAGAUCCGGUGGACGCGGCUUCCAACUGCUCCGUCCAUUCCCACUGUCUCGCAGAGCUUUGGUUAUGAACAAGGAGCUUAUGGGAAGCUCGUUCGCCACGAGCCAGUCAAAGUAGGUCAUACUGGUUGCGGUAAUGAUACUCUAGGACCCGGAGAGUACGACCCCAUGAGAGGUUUGAAGAGCAUCAACAAGACUCGUACAACCGAUUUCUCUAAAGGUAAAGUGACACGAUUCAUUGAGCACGAAGUUCGAUCAAAAGCAGAGGUCCCAGGUCCUGGGGAGUACAAGAACACUGGAGACGGCACUGCACUCAAAGACCCUGCGAGAAUUAAUGCUGUUUUCAAGUCUUCUCUUACUCGCGAACAAGCAGCACCCGCCACUACAACGAAAAAUGUGCCUGGUCCUGGGGCGUACAACUCGAACCAAACUCACGGAUUUGCAAAGGAGACGAAGCCUGAACAUCUUCAAUUCUUCGGUAGUACGUCGACUCGAUUCGAGACUUCGCAACGCGAUGGACUUUUACCAGGACCAGGAACAUACUACAACCCACCAUCAGGCACCACGCAGCCACGGUCAGUGUCUGGCAGAAAGAAGGCACCUUUCAGCUCAAAGAAAGAGCGCUUCGAAGCUCCAAAAGAGAGGGAUCAGAGUUUAGCAGCACCGGGAUCUUACGAGAUACCGUCAGCCGUGUCGGAAGUAUUGAACAAAGUGACAAGCCGAGUGACAAACUUUGGCAGCACUACAAAGCGCUUCGAUACAAUCUCAUCCGGAAUCAGCCGCGAGACGAUCGAGUCCCAGUUGGAGCGCGAUAUGAACGAUCAAGAUGUAGAGCGACAAAUACAAGAGCAAAACAACAAGAAGCAGCAACAGCCUAAGGCUUCGUCCAUGUUCGCUUCGUCUACGAGUCGGCCACAUCAAAUACAAAAAGCCACGGGCCCCUCACCCGGCGACUAUGAGAUUCAACGAUCAUGGAAUGCGUCAGGAGCUCAAGGUGCUUUCAAGUCCGGCAUCGACCGAUUGAAGGGUAAACCGAGUCCAAACGCUUUUGUCCCCGGACCCGGGUCGUAUUCCACGGAGCGUUUGAAGCAGAAACCGCAGCACAAGGCUCGUCCAAACGUCUUCUACGCUGCAGAACCUCGAUUCAAGGAGAAACGUUCGAAGGUGCCAGUAUUGGGCCCUGGUCAGUACAACACAGACACAGUCGAAUCGGACUGGAAUCGCCCCACACACAACAUCUCCAUUGCCACUGAGAUGGAGCUGGCAAUGAUGCAAUAA